AUGUCCACCCGCGGGCAAUUCAAUACCAAGAACCCCACCAUCAAGCGCAUACUGAAAGAAGCUUCAGAGCUCUCGCUAUCGCCCUCUCCAGACUACCAUGCCGAGCCGCUGGAAACCAACCUCUUCGAAUGGCACUUUACAAUCUGCGGCCCGCCGGAACCGUCAGCCUAUGCGGGCGGCAUAUAUCACGGUCGCAUCAUCCUCCCCUCUUCGUACCCGCUGCGACCGCCAUCGUUCCGCUUCCUGACCCCCACUGGCCGCUUCGAAGUCAAUCGCGAGAUAUGCCUCAGCAUAUCAGGCCACCACGAAGAGACAUGGCAGCCCGCCUGGGGCGUCCGCACAGCACUUGUCGCGUUGAGAAGCUUCAUGGAUACGGAUGCAAAGGGCCAGCUCGGCGGCAUCGAGUGCAGCAAGGAAGCCCGGCAGCGCAUGGCUAAAGAGAGCGGAGCGUGGAAGUGCGCGGGGUGCGCGAAGAGCAAUGCCGAGAUCAUCGAGGAGAGGGCUGCGCUUGCCAAGGAGAUUGAGGAGAAAGAAGGGAAGAGAAAGGAAGAAGAAGUGCCUGAGGAGUUGAGAUUGGCGUAUCGAGACGAGCUGGGGAAAGGUGAGGAUGGCGAUAGCAACAUGGACAAGGGCAAAGGACGCGCAGUCGAUAGUCCGGCUGAUACGGCGUCUGCUAGCAAGGAAACAGCGGCUGCAUCGUCAGUAGUUGAUGCAACCACAGCGAUGACUCCAAGUACGAGCCCUGUUCAAGCUGCACGUAGCGUGCCGGUGAUAAGACCCACGAGAACUACACCUGCACAAUCGCCACUCCAGCAAGUCACGCAAACGAGUCCUGAUCUCGCUUGGAUUGACACAUGUAUUUACGGCUUGGUGGCUGCCCUGCUCUUCAUGGUGGUGAGGAAGUUUAUCUGA